GUUUCGAUCGGAUGUUGUCUCCUCCGACCGGAUGGCGUUCUGUAGAGGAAGUUUUGUUUUGCGAGUUUUCCGUCCUUUUCGACUGACUGUGUAUUUAGUUAGUGCACUUAAAAGAACAUGAAUCGAUAUUAUUGUGAACUGCAUUUCCGAUAGCUGUUCAAGUGUUUGUCGAAGGAAUAUAAGCACUGGCUGUUUGAGGCGGCGGAACUCAACACUUCAGAGUAAACCGAGAGCACCUUACUCUCAGGCUAACGUUACCUCGCUAGUUAUCGCGGCUAGCGUUAGCCUCUGGUCUGCGUUGUGUUGUAGGGGCUCUCUGACCUAACGAAGCCAUGGGGAACCGGGGCAUGGAAGACCUGAUUCCCCUCAUCAACAAGCUUCAAGACGCUUUUAGCUCCAUUGGCCAGAGUUGUAAUUUAGAUCUUCCGCAGAUUGCUGUGGUUGGUGGACAGAGCGCUGGAAAAAGCUCAGUCUUAGAAAAUUUUGUUGGUCGGGACUUUCUUCCACGUGGAUCAGGCAUUGUUACCCGCAGACCUUUGAUUUUGCAACUGGUCAACAAUAAAGCAGAAUAUGCUGAAUUCCUGCAUUGCAAAGGGAAGAAGUUUGUGGAUUUUGAUGAAGUGCGGGCAGAAAUUGAGGCAGAGACUGACAGGAUAACAGGCUCCAACAAAGGCAUCUCUCCCAUCCCAAUUAACCUGAGAGUCUAUUCGCCACACGUGUUGAACCUCACCCUGAUCGACCUACCGGGAAUGACUAAAGUUGCCGUCGGUGACCAGCCACCAGACAUCGAGCACCAGAUCAGAGAGAUGUUGCUGCAGUUUAUUACCAAGGAAAGUUGUCUGAUCUUGGCCGUCACCCCUGCCAACACUGACUUGGCCAACUCAGAUGCUCUGAAGAUUGCCAAGGAGGUAGACCCACAGGGUUUGCGUACCAUUGGUGUUAUAACAAAACUGGACCUGAUGGAUGAAGGGACUGAUGCAAGGGAAAUCCUUGAAAAUAGGCUACUGCCAUUGCGUAGAGGUUACAUCGGUGUGGUGAACCGUAGCCAGAAAGACAUCGAUGGGAAGAAGGACAUUCGUGCUGCCAUGGCUGCAGAGAGAAAGUUUUUCCUGUCGCACCCCAGCUAUAGACAUAUGGCGGAACGUAUGGGCACACCACAUCUGCAAAAGGCACUCAACCAGCAAUUGACCAACCACAUCAGAGAUACUCUGCCUACUCUGCGCAGUAAGCUGCAGAGUCAGCUUCUCUCCCUGGAGAAGGAGGUGGAGGUAUACAAGAACUAUAGUCCAGAUGACCCGACACGGAAGACCAAGGCCUUGUUGCAGAUGGUACAGCAGUUUGGUGUAGACUUUGAGAAGUGCAUUGAGGGCUCCGGGGACCAGGUGGACACCAGCGAGCUUUCAGGUGGUGCCAAGAUCAACCGCCUUUUCCAUGAACGCUUCCCCUUUGAACUGGUCAAGAUUGUGUUUGACGAGAAGGAGCUAAGGCGAGAAAUCAGCCAUGCCAUCAAGAACGUCCAUGGUGUCAGAACGGGGCUGUUCACUCCAGACCUGGCGUUUGAGGCCAUCGUGAAAAAGCAGAUCGUUAAGCUGAAAACGCCCUGUCUCAAAUGUAUCGAUCUGGUCAUUCAGGAGCUCAUCAACACAGUCAGGCAGUGCACCAACAAGCUCAAGUCUUAUCCCAGGCUGAGGGAGGAGACUGAAAGAAUCGUCACCACCCACAUCAGAGAAAGAGAAGGGAAGGCCAAGGACCAGGUUCUGCUGCUGAUUGACAUUGAGCUGUCCUACAUCAACACCAAUCAUGAGGACUUCAUAGGGUUUGCUAAUGCCCAGCAGAGGAGCACAGCUGCUAACAAGAAGAGGGCCAUGCCAAACCAGGGUGAGAUUCUGGUGAUCCGGAAAGGCUGGUUAACCAUCAACCUCAGCAUCAUGAAGGGAGGCUCCAAGGAGUACUGGUUUGUCCUCACUGCUGAGUCUCUCUCCUGGUACAAAGAUGAUGAGGAAAAAGAAAAGAAAUAUAUGCUGCCCCUGGAUAACCUAAAGAUCAGAGAUGUGGAGAAAGGCUUUAUGUCAACCAAGCACUCCUUUGCAAUUUUCAACACUGAACAAAGGAAUGUGUACAAGGAUCUUCGCCAGAUAGAACUGGCCUGCGAAUCUCAAGACGAUGUGGACAGCUGGAAAGCAUCCUUCCUCAGGGCAGGAGUUUAUCCGGAGAAAGACCAGAUUGAGAAUGAAGAGGCUGCCCCUACAGACACAUUUUCUAUGGACCCUCAAUUGGAGCGGCAGGUGGAAACCAUCCGCAACCUGGUGGAUUCAUACAUCACCAUCAUCAACAAAUCCGUCAGAGACCUUGUGCCCAAGACCAUCAUGCACCUCAUGAUCAACAAUGCUAAGGAUUUCAUUCACGCAGAGCUGCUGGCAUACCUCUACUCAUCUGGUGACCAGAAUAGCCUCAUGGAGGAGUCAGCUGACCAGGCCCAGCACAGGGAUGAAAUGUUGCGCAUGUAUCAUGCACUGAAGGAGUCACUGAUCAUUAUUGGUGACAUAAGUGCCAACACCAUCUCCACCCCACUACCCCCUCCUGUAAAUGACGGCUGGAUCCAAGAAACCAGCCCAACCCUUCCGAGCAGGCCACAUCCUGCAGCAGCCCUGCCCCCUAGCCGCCCACCUGCUGUUCGGGGCUCAACACCAGGGCCACCCUUGAACCCUUCCCCUGCCUUUGGAGCUCCACUCAACCCCUCUCCAGCCUUUAAUGUACCACCAGUCCCCUUUCGGCCAGUCCAGGUCAUGAAUGCCUUCAACAGCGUUCAGGAUCCUUCCGGUGCACCCCCACAGAUCCCCUCCCGACCAGUCCGUGUCCCACCCGGUGUUCCCAGCCGAAGACCCCCUGGCGCUCCUUCUCACCGGCCCACCAUUAUCCGCCCUGCUGAGCCCUCCCUGCUAGACUAGACCUGUGGCCCAGCCCACCUAAAUGUGUGUGUUUCUCUGUGGGUGUGUGUAUCUGCACACUGUUGGGCAGGGGCUCAAGGGGAAGAGCUAACUGAUAGCGGUGCAAAAUGUGCAUUGUCCAGCUGUGUUAGCAUGUCUCAAUAAGUAAUGUUAAUAAGCUGCUAAUACCAUCUUUAUCAGUGCACAUUAAGGAAAGAAAUCCCAUAACCACUUGAGUAGCACAUGUAACUGUUGUGGAAAUUCAAUCCGAGCUUUUAUUUUUAUCGUAAUAACUUGUUUAUUUCCUCUGACAAGGUUCCCCAGCAGAAGCUCAUUAGAUAACUUAUUAACCGUUACAGACUGGCUUUCCUCUCCCCUCCCUCCACCUUUUUAGAUUGGUGCAGAUGCCCAAGUCCAGAUCUCUGUGUAAUAUACAGACGUACUCUGUUAAUGUUUUACUGGGGUUUCAUUUCCUAGCUGUUUUCAUACUGGAAAAAAAUAGAUAAUUACUGUUGUUAUUUUGGUGGUGUCAAGUUUUUCCAGUGUUAUUUUAUUCGAGAGACUUUGUUUUUUUUUAAUGACCAUCAUAAAUGUAGCUUUAAAAAUGAAAUUCUAAUUGCAGCAAAGACAAAGCACAAAAAGACAUGGGGCAGGGCUGCAUGAGACAGACGGGGCAGCUUCAGCACCCCCUCUGUGAAAUCUCCUUUCACAAUGAAAAGAUGUCAGCCAUACUGACCAUUAGUAUCCAAGCACUUCUGACCAUCUAGCCUUACAACAAGCCACUCAUAACAGGGAUAUUGUGGUCUGUUAUCAGAACUAUGCACAAAAACCUGUGAAAGGGAGCGAGACAGAUUGGUGGCUGCACUCUGUUGGAAGCAUCCUCUCCACUAAUUUUGAGUUAAAGCCUUGAAUUUUAUUCUCUUUAGUCUCAGUUAAACCCCAACGGAGCCUUCAGCCUUCGGUUAGGUUUGUUCAUUCCUAGGUUCACUGAUUCAUAUAGAACAGAGCACAUAGUACAGUUUCCUCUCAGAGAGGAUAAAGACUCAGUGAAGUGGUGGCUGUGUGUGGAUGGGGACAUAGCUGUGCAUUGAGGAAUUGGUGCAUCUUUCCAGGCCUAGUUGUCACAGACAUUUAUUGUUGCUAUCAGUUCUGUCCCCAUGCAUUAUAAAUGUUGUAUAUAGCUGGCUUACACUGGGGAGUUAACACUCUCAUUUAACCACAGGGUUGAUGAAAAGAACAUGCUGUUGAUUAUAAUCAAAGCCCAACAUGAAACUGUACGGGGA